AUGACGUCCAUUGGAAUUGUCUGUCUGUGGAUGGCAAACGGCACAUUGGUCGACUUCUUGAAGCACCGUCAGACGAAACUGGAAAACUCGGAGGAGCUUCGUCUCCGUCUUCUCAUUCAAGUAUGCUCUGGUUUGAUGUACCUCCAUUCGAAAAAUACCGUUCAUGGUGACUUACAUGGUGGAAAUGUCCUUGUAGAUUCCGAUGGAUGCGCCAGCCUAGCCGAUUUCGGUCUAUCAACUAUGUGGCGCCCUACGUUAGGCAGUCCCAGAGCUUGUAAUCUCACAGGGGGUGACGCACUGUGCCUUCAUCCAUGUGCGGACAUAUACUCCGCUGGCGACGUGCCGUAUUCAUAUUAUAUGAACAUCGUGUUCUCGGUGCAAUCAUUGCAGGUGAGAAAUCGAGACGUCCUACCAUCGAGGAGGCGAAUAUCUCGCAUGCACUAUGCACUUGCGUCACGCCUCCAAGCUGGGUUGAAAGAGGAACUACCCACGUCUGUUUCCAACUAUUACCUAUCUGUUCGGAUUGCUUCGGUUAGCCCCUCUGAUCUCUAG